AUGGCGAUGAGGGUGAGAGGAGAGAUGGAGAAGCUGAGCGUAGAGCAGUUGAAGGCAGUGAAAGAGCAAACUGAUCUGGAGGUCAAUCUUCUCCAGGACUCUCUCAACAACAUCCGCACCGCCACCACCCGCCUCGAGCUCGCCUCCUCCGCCCUCCACGACCUCUCCCUCCGACCCACCGGCAAAAAGAUGCUCGUCCCUCUUACUGCCUCCCUUUAUGUCCCCGGAACUCUCCAGGACCCCGACCAGGUCCUCGUCGAUGUCGGCACCGGCUACUUCAUCGAGAAGAACAUGCCUCAAGCCAAAGACUACUGCAACCGCAAGAUCAAUCUCCUCAAGUCCAAUUUCGAACAACUCGUUGAGGUUGCUUCUAAGAAGAAAAGCAUAUCUGAUGAAGCUGGGUUAGUUUUGCAAGCAAAACUGAAGCAGAUGGCUCCUACAGCACAGUAGGAGACAAGGACUUUUAAUAUGUGUGCUGUGGUAUUCAAGUUAAGAUCAUG